AUGGUGCGCCUCGUCAUAACCCGCGUUAAUGAUUCAGACUGGGACCAGCUCGUAGAGGUUCAAUUCAAAGCCUUUGCUGCUGAACAGUUUUGUCAAUUUGUCAAUGGCAAAGAUACUCCGCUGAAUAGGGAGCGGUGCAAAAAGAAAUACACUUCCUAUGAACCUGAAAAAUGGGCUGGUGCGCUCUGGCUAAAAGUCAUCGAUGCCGAUGAAGUUGUGGGCGGUCAUGGAAACGGCAACAGCAACGGCAACGGCAACGGAAAUACCAAUGGAAAUGGGAACGGGAAUGGAAACGGAAACAAUCCAACAAUUCUAGGGGCCGCACUCUAUAGGCUCAACCCGAAUUACUCAGCCGAGGAUUUGAAGCGGACCGAUUUGGAUCCUGAAAGCUUUAAGUGGCUGGAAGACCCAGAAGAACGGCGGAUUGCGGUGACGGUAAUCCACGAUGUGAUGGACAGGAAGCUGAGAUUCAUCAAAGAACCGCAUAUUCAGCUCUCCAUUCUUUUCGUUUCACCUGAACACCAACACAAGGGUAUCGGUGGCUCGUUAGUAAAUUGGGGGAUCCAACUUUCCAAACAGAUGAUGCUUCCCCUCUGGGUCGAGUCAUCGACCACGGCGUAUAGCCUUUACGUACGCCACGGGUUCAAGGACCAGAUUCGAUCGAAGGUCAUUAUUGGGCCCUGGGACAUUGAGUAUUCAAUUCUGAAAUGGGAGCCUGACCAGAGACAUCAGCCGGUGAAGGGUAAAUGA